AAAGAAUGCUACUUCUUGCACAUGUUGUAAUGGUGUUGGUUUGACACAAGACGGUUUGCCACACAAGCUCACUUUAUCGAGUAAGAAAAGAUUGAUUUCCCAUGUUUAACAUUCCUAUGUUGUAAACCAACCUAACAUAAGAUAUGCUUAGGAAUCCCUUGAUGAGACUUCUUGUUCAAAGAGGCAGUGCACUGAAUAAUCCAUGCAUUUCUAAGUCAGUCUGUCACAAGCACAAUGGUUUAAACUUUCUGUUUAAACCAUUGACAUCGCCAGUCAAUGUCAUUGGUUGCCAUGGUAUUUCAGAAUCUCUAAAGAGGACGAUUACUACAAGUUUUGUAGCAGUAUGCAGACCUGGAGGAGGGGUAUUUAAUCAGAAUUUGUCUCAAUUAUUUCAGUUGGCAACUACUACACCUAUACAGCCCUCAAGAACAGUGGUUCGUUGUAGUGCAAAUAAGGGAAAGAAAAAGACUGUGAAAGCAGUUAUUUCAAGAUUCUACAGACUUUCAAAUGGCAUGUGGAUCAGAAGAUAUGCUGGCUAUAAAAAGAAGCUUUUCAAGAAAUCAUUAAACAGAAAAAAGCGUAUCAAGAACCACAUCUUUUGCAAUAGAACACAGUCAAAAAUGCUGGAUAGUAUGGUGACCAGAUACUGGAGAGAACGCAAAUAUUAUGUAGACCAUCCUUAUGAUAAAUAUCAAGACAGAAACUUCAACGGUUUUACAAGUUGGCCAGGAGAGAAAAUUGUACGUGAAAAUUAUGAAAGGAUUACAAAACAUGGCUACAAAAUGAAGGAUGUAUAAAUUAAAUGUGAACAAUAUUAUCAGGAAGUUAGAAUCUUGGAAUUAGGAUCUGAUACUUGGUUUUUCAUUUCAAGUUGUGGCUCCAAAUAUUCAUCAGUUUAAUGUGGUCAUCUUUCAGUACCAGGAUCCAAUAGUGGAUUUAGGGGUUAAGAAAUGGGGCUCGUCCCAGGCCACAGCCAAAAAAUCUCUAACCAAAUGUAAAAUCAUUUAGAAAGGAGAUUAACUCCAGAGCUUCCAGGGAGGAUAACCCACUAGAGAUCCCCACCUAGGUAAGGAAAUUCCCCCAGUCCUCCCUCUUAGACCACAGGUCCUUGAUUAGAACUUGGCUCGUUUCCCCUUCCCCCAGGAAAAUACACCGUAUAUCCACCACUAUUGAAUAUUCAAACUAAGGAUUUCAUAUUAAAUAAAUCUUGUAUUA